UUUUUCCUGUUCAAGAAUAAGCUUUGCUUUUAGUUGUAAGUACUUAUGUUCAUGACGAGCAGCUUGCUUUAACAGCUAGCUUACCUGAAUAAAACACAAUUUGGUGGCACAGGAAUUGAAGCAAAACUCAAAUUGCUCGCCGAGUCCUCAAGCAUUAUUCUUCAGGAAAUCAAACAUGGGCAUUCAUAAGGUGUCCGAAACUGUUGAAAGACUAUGGAACGGAUGGGAGCUUCGCAUGGUGAUGUUGCUUAGUCUCUUUCUUCAAAUUUUUCUUAUAAUCUUUGGGCGUAGACGAAAGUAUACGGCAGGAUUCUGGCUCGGAAUUCUUGUUUGGUUAGCAUACUUGUCAGCAGAUUGGGUGGCAACAUUUUCAUUGGGUAUCUUGGCUCAAAAGCUUGGAGAUUCAGAAACGAAUUGUAUAAAUUCAAAUCGAGGAUUGAUCCCGGCAUUUUGGGCACCGGUCCUCCUUGUGCACCUCGGUGGCCCGGACACUAUCACCGCAUAUUCAAUGGAAGACAACGAAUUGUGGUUAAGACAUCUGUUGGUGCUAGGAAGCCAAGUUGCUGUGGCUUUUUAUGCCUUUUCGAGGUCAUGGUGGAGUAAGGAUCCUCUGUUAUUUGUAGCCAUUCCCAUCUUUGUUACUGGAAUUGUUAAAUAUGGAGAAAGGAAUUGGGUUCUGAGGUCAGCAAGCUCGGAGCAGAUCAGGAAAUCUGAAUAUAGUGAGAUGAAUGAAUUACGUCUCAAAUUUGAUGAAUUUUCAAACUCCGAGUUGUUUGGAAUGACUGCUGAACGACUGACUGAAAGACUAGGCUUGAGAGACAUAAUACCUGAGGCUAAAUUUCUCCACGAGGCAAAACUGUUUUUUCAGAUGUUCAGAGUACUAUUUGCAGAUCUUGUUCUUGCCGAUUCUAAUCAUUUGGCUACUCAUAUUAUCCUAAGAGACAAGAAAGCAACGGAAGCCUUCAAAUUAAUUGAAGUUGAGAUGGGAUUUAUGUACGAUGUGCUUUAUACGAAGGUGACGAGGGUUUGUUCGUCACGCAUCAUUUUUCGUGCUCUCAGCUUCUUAUGUUUUGUUUCUGCGCUACUUGCCUUCUCACUAGGUAUGUCCAGAAACAACCAUGCCUAUUUAACAACUGAAAUAACCAUAUCAUACUUCUUGUUGGUGGGAGCCAUCAUUAUUGAGAUUUAUUCAGUAGUUUAGCUUCUUUUCUCU